AUGAGAUUGUACAAUUCAGCCACUGGUUCUUUGAAGCUUUAUGGAAUAACCAAAGACCCACAAACAAAAGAAUUAAUUAUGAUUACACAAUUAGCAGAACAAGGAAAUUUGAGAUGUGUUCUUUCAAGUCAUUUUAAUAAUAUUUUUUGGAAUAAGAAAUUAGCUUUUGUGUGUAAUAUAGUAUACGAUCUUAAAUCUUUACAUAAUUUAGGAUAUUUUCAUAAAGAUUUUCAUAGUGGGAAUAUACUACGAGGUGUUACUACUUAUAUUUCAGAUUUUGGAUUAUCUGGAUCAUCAUCAAAUGAACAAAAAUCAGAUGAUAAAAUAUGCGGAGUAUUACCAUAUAUUGCUCCAGAAGUUUUGAAUGGAUAA